CCGGUUGAAACAACCUCAUGUCCUGGUUGGAAAUUACAAAAUUGCCCAACUUUUGGAAAGCAUAUAAGAAAGCCAGCAAGCUCAUGAGAUAUAGAUAAGAGAAAAUGGUGAUCACAAAUACUAACAGUGUCUCCUGCAGAAACACUGCUUUCUCUUAUUUGUUCCCUCACAGAAGAAAAUAUGCAGCAGCAUCUAUUGCAUUUGCAGAAAAGAGAGACUUGGCUGAGAACAAUCAACAAAAACCCAUUUUCCCAAUCAAACUCUCUAAAACUCUUCUUGCUCAAUCUGUUCUUGGAGUUUUUGCUUUAGGGUUCAUAGAUGCCGGGUACAGUGGAGAUUGGUCAAGAAUUGGUGUCAUCACAAAGGAGAGUGAACAUCUACUGAAAAUUUCAGCAUUUUUUGUAGUCCCUUUGUGUCUGUUUCUCAUCUUUUAUUCCUCUAAGAAAAUUAAGGAUUAAAAUGUCUCACAUUUCUGACAUAUUAAUUUAUUGUACACUUUCUAUUUCCCAAGAAGAUUAUAUUUUUUUAAAAAAUUAAUCUUUCCUA